UGUCACAGUGCCGUUAAAAUUGUAGUACACCAGCGCUCAAAAUUUGCCGUGGAUUUUCAAUCACUGCCAUGGAAAACAUAAACGAAUUGGAAUUUUAUUCGAAAUUUGCAAGGCCGUUAAUAUUCGCCUUGCCAGACGCAAAGGAUAGAGUCUUAGCUGCAGCAUGGGUGAAAAAAAUCAAGGAAGACGAACAGGCACAUGAAAAACUCAAAACUGACUAUAUCAAGUUGUUGCUCUUUGCCCUUCAGAGGAAGAAACUUGUAGGGAUAUUUACCGAUGAUCCCACUAACUAUGAGGUGCUUGAAGAGUUUCCUGGUGAGUACGAUUUGAAUGCUAUGGCAGAAGAUCUUAUAAUAGCUGAACAAAAGGAAAGACGAACUAACAUAAGAAGGCAGCUGCAAGGUCAAAUAGGCGAUUUCCCUCCUUACACGACUGAUAUAUCUUCGGAUCUAAGAGAAUACGUUGCUGCUCAAGACAUACCUGGUUUUGGUGUUCAUUGUUAUUAUGCUAUAUCCAAAGACCCAAUAACUCAAUGGCAAAAAGCAGACAAAGGUAUUUUCCCAAAAAUGGCCAAAAGUGCUGUCGACACAUCUAGUCCACUUCCUAUGGGACACGGUAAAUCAGCAGGGACAUGUGUUCCUUGUCCUGGUCCUGAAGGAGAGCCUUGUAAACCAUUAGAACCCACGCCAGAUAAAAAGAAAAAAAGAAAAAUUAAGAAGUUGGGAGAUACUCCUCCGAUUAAGCCGUUGGCUACUAAAGUUCCUCCACAAGAAGAAAGGAAGCCUCCAACUUGGAGCUCAACGUUGAUGGAAGUUUUAGACGCACCAAGACCUACUGCAGCUACUGGUGCUAUUCCAAAAGUACGUUCUGAGAAAGGGGCACCACAAAGAUAUGAACCGCUGGCGUUUAUGGACUCGGACUUGGAGGAAGAAUAUAAUGAGAUUGAAAGGGCUAUACGAGAUUAUGAACGUGGUGAAAUCAUCGAGGAGAAAAAGAGACGACGUAAGACGUGUACAUUCGAUGACGAUGAAGAAGAUGACCAAGAAGAAAUCGGAAGGAAAGCCAAGGUGGAAUAUGAUUUUGAGAAUUUCUUCGACUUAAAUGAAACUGAAUACGAACAGGAACUUAAAGAAGAUUCUUUACUUGUUAAAUACUUUAGAGAUACCAUACAAACGAGAACUAUGCAAAAAGAAAUAGACCGCGUAACAGAAAACGCCCAAGGCGUGUUACCUGCACAAGCUGGUAUUCCUUUAACCACUCCCAAACCGUCUGUUAGUCCUAAAAGACUUAAAUCGCCGAAUCUUUACACAACUGAAUCACCUCUGCAAAAAGAGGCAUCAAAAGAAACAGAUCCUAGUAAACUGAAAUGUUCCUUUGAGUGCAGCGGCAGAGAUGGUGAAAUGGACAAACUGUUCCAAGAGGCAAUGGCACUUUCAGAUCUUAUUGAAGACGAAAUGGCACCGGAUUAUAGCGAUGUCAAAACAGAUACUUCAACUAAAGAGGAUAUUUCACGAGACCAACAAUUACCAGAACCAGAGGUACCACAACCUCGACCGAUGCAUCCAAUCACAAGAGGCUCGCCUAACGCACAUAAGGUAUUUAAAGAUGUAGUACCUUCCUUAAUGGAAACAUUACAACCCAGGAAAAUCUCAGAGAAGCCACAUGUUGAAAAAGCUAUUGAUCAAGAUGUUGAUGUCUCUGGUUUCCCAGCGGACACAAGUCUAGGAAAGACUUGCUAUGAUAGAACACAACCAGUACGACAAGUACCAGAGUCAACUUAUAGCACACCUCAAUAUGGGAUACCUCCCAAAUCUCGUCUAGAAAAAGAAAAAGAGUACAUUGACUACUUAUUUAGACACGAUAGAAAGACCGCUGAAAUGUUGAAGAGAGUUGCAAAUGUAGUGCAAGAUAUUGAACAAGAUGAGCCAGAUCCAGAUAUAUUUCCACCUUCACCACCUUUUCCUGAUGUAGGUCCAGUACAAGCUAUAGCUGACGAAACAUUUAGUGAUCUUAUUCCUACAAGUCCUAUUGCAUCACCUACUCAGCUACCUCAACAUGAAUUGUCACAAAUACAAAAAACAGUAAUACCCGCUUCCAGAAUUCCUCAAGCUGGUGGAUCGAGAAUACCCACUCAAAGUAGACUCAAACCGCCUUCAACAAGAACACAGAUUCCAACAAGGCCAGGUGCUGCCUCUCAACCAUCUGGCAAACCAUGUCCUAGUACAGCUGGAGCCAGCAGGAUGCAAGAGGAAUUUUCUCAAAGAACAGGUGUCUCUCAACCAUCUGGUAAACCAUGUCCUAGUACAUCUGGAGCCAGCAGGAUGCAAGAGGAAUUUUCACAAAGAACAGGAAUAGCACAACCGCAAUUUAGUGCUAUGGAACAACAAUCUAUUCCCUCUCCUCAACGAUUACCUGCUACUUCACCUCAAAGACCCCCACCACAACCACAAUUUAGUCCUAGAGAACAACAACAAUCUGUCCCAUUUCCUCAACGAUUACCUGUUACUCCACCGCAAAGAAGCCCAGAUGCGUCAAAACAAUUUAGUCCUAGGGAAAUACAACAAACACCCCAAAGAUUACCACCUCAACAGCGAAGACCAUCUCCUCAACCAACACCCCCACGUCCUUUUCCAGAUGAUGAAGGAAUGUUUGACUUUGCUAAAGGUUAUAUUCCUCCGACGUAUCACACACCUCCUGGUAUAGAACAAGAGGCUCCACCUCAAUUUUACUCUCCAGAACGAACACCUCCUCAACCAUCACGAAGAUAUUCUCCGGAACAGGAUACAAGUUAUAAGGAACUACCUUCCCAGCUUCACCAAACACCAGUUCGAACAAGAAGAGAAGCUGAACGGUUAUAUACGACUGUGAGGAGGCGACUAGAUGAGUCGAAUGUAGAUGAAUUCCUUGCAGACGUUAUGGCUAGGCAUCCAGAUUUGCCUCCUUCAGAUUUUUCACCUCCUGCAAGGAAGUCUCCUCCUCGAUCUGCAGGAAUAUCUGGUUGGCAACCGCCUGAAAGAGCUUUACCUAAAACGCCGCAUGCGAAGAUGCUUGACGCAACACAACCUCCACAAUUUUACAGUCCACCAGAAAUGCAGAGUCAAUUCUUAGCAUCUACGUCACCUCCAGCUGAUUUUAGCAGGAGAUCACCAUCAACUGGAAUGUCUCCCGAAGGUACAUAUCGAGAUUCUCGAGGAACUCCAACGAGAACAAGAGCUCAAGGCAGUUCACCAGGUCCAAGGAUUUGUCCAAGUUCACAAAGAGGACAAGAUUCUCGAAAUUUUUAAAUAUUUUUGACAAAAUAUCUUAGCUUACUUCUGCAUUUCACGAUUUAUGUUAAAUCAAUUACUUCAUUGUUCUUUUGUAUUUCUGUAUAGUGUGCAUUUUUACAAUAUUGUUGAUAUAAAUUCAUCGUUUUGUCCAAUGUAUUUUCUGAUCGCAAAAUAAAAACCCGCUACUAUGGA